AUGAGAGGAGUGUGCUUUACGCGAUUGAGGAGUGGAGAAGGGAAGCGGUCCAUUUUCACACCAGCGGUUUCAAGUCAGGCCAGACACAGGGCCCGAGAGAAUGAAAGAGAACGGGUUGGAGAUGAGAAAGAGGAUUACUGGGUCGUGGGUAUGAAGCCAAGGGAGAAGAAGAUGCCUGGCCAUAAGAAUUGUCGGUCUUUAAAUCUCCCAAUAUGCCGUAAACGGAGUCGUAAUCGAGGCCUCAAAGACAGCCAGACAGUGAUUUUCUUCUACAACAUGAGUGGGGGGGAUUAA